GAGCAGGAUCGCUUUCUCCCGAUUGCGAAUAUUGGUCGCAUCAUGAAGAAGGCCCUGCCGGCGAAUGGGAAGAUCGCCAAGGAUGCGAAGGACACUGUACAGGAAUGUGUGUCCGAGUUCAUCAGUUUCAUCACCAGCGAAAGUGGUGGACUAUUUGAGAGUAUUGGCCUUUCACCAAUUAGCGAUGAUGUGACUCAUUUUAGAGCAAGCGAUAAGUGCCAAAAAGAGAAAAGGAAAACAAUUAAUGGGGAUGAUUUGUUGUGGGCAAUGGCAACUUUGGGUUUUGAGGAUUAUAUAGCCCCGCUGAAGGCCUAUUUGGCCAGGUAUAGAGAGUUAGAGGGCGACACGAAAGGACCUGCUAGGGGUGCUGAUGGAUCCGCAAAGAAAGAUACAAUUGGAACUCAGCUGGGUUCUGAUGCACAGUUUGCUCAUCAAGGUUCUUUUUCACAAGGUUUCAGUUACUCGAACUCCCAAAUUGAAUAUUGACCAAGAGAAUAGAAUAUGGUCGGCGCCAAGCAACGAGCAAGGAUCCAGCUCCCCGGUGCUGAGUUAAUCUCAGGAUAUGGCGGUCAGUUGAUAUUGGUUGAUGUACCUGGAAUUUUAUACCCAACUCCUCUAUCAAAGAAGUAUGAUGAUGUGAUCUUUGUUUGCUAGUUGUUAUCUGUAAAUCCUGAUAUUAAGUUAUGAACUCUACAUUCUGCUCA